GCGAAGGCGGAGGAGGCGCGGCGGUGAGCCGGGGAGGAUGGCGGGGGACAGCGAGCAGCGGCUGGAGGAGCAGGGGCAGCCCAGCGGCGGGGAGCCCUUCCUCAUCGGGGUCAGCGGCGGCACGGCCAGCGGCAAGUCCUCAGUGUGCUCCAAGAUUGUGCAGCUGCUGGGCCAGAACGAGGUGGAUUAUCGCCAGAAGCAGGUGGUGAUUGUGAGCCAAGACAGCUUCUACAGGGUCCUCACCUCGGAGCAGAAGUCCAAAGCACUCAAAGGCCAGUUCAAUUUUGACCACCCAGAUGCCUUUGACAACGAGCUGAUCGUGAAAACGCUCAAAGAGAUCACAGAAGGGAAGACGGUCCAGAUUCCUGUCUAUGACUUUGUCUCCCACUCCAGGAAAGAGGAGACGGUGACGGUGUACCCUGCUGACGUGGUGCUCUUCGAGGGCAUCCUGGCCUUCUACAGCCAGGAGGUGAGGGACCUGUUCCGCAUGAAGCUCUUCGUGGACACGGACGCCGACACCCGCCUGUCCCGCAGAGUGCUCCGAGACAUCAGUGAGCGAGGCAGGGACCUGGAGCAGAUCCUGUCUCAGUACAUCACCUUUGUCAAGCCUGCCUUCGAGGAGUUCUGCCUGCCGACCAAGAAAUAUGCUGAUGUGAUCAUUCCCAGAGGAGCAGAUAAUGAAGUGGCCAUAAACCUGAUAGUGCAGCACAUCCAGGACAUUCUUAACGGAGGACUCAGCAAACGCCAGAGCAACGGGUACCUGAAUGGCUACACUCCCCCGCGCCAGCGGCAGCCCUCAGAGUCCAGCAGCCGGCCCCACUGACGCGGGCAGAGCCGAGGCCAGCACGGCCCCUCUGUACAUACUGUCCACUCGUUCCCCCUUAUCUAUUUAAGAAACCAGACGGAGACGAAUGCCUUUCAUUUUGUAUGUUGGAGUUGCCCAACGAGAAGCAGCCGGUUGCUCGGGAGCCCGGACCACCCUCAGCUCCCGGCCUUGCUUGAUAACUCCUCCAGCACGGAUCCGGCUAUAAACCUCUAUAAAUAUAGAAUUGCUCUAUUUUUGCGUAAA